UUAAGAAGUAAAGUUCGGCUGGAAAAUAAAUCCAUAAUCAUUCAAUGUAUCGCGUAAUUGUGAUCCCAUUUCUGUACAUUUGUGUCCUCAUACUCCUCCCACUUUUCCUCGUACUGAUCACCCCUCUUCUGCUAUACCGCCGAAUUGUGGCCCGCCUUUGUCAGCUGGUUGGAGGCCCAUCAAUUGGGAAAAUUCUAAACGCCACGGCAACAUCACACGCAUGCAUUGGCGGGAAAGGAAGCAACAUCCUCCCCUUAACGGUGGAGGGGGUCCCAGAUCUUGCCCAUAUUAAGGCACAGUUCACUGAAAAAAUUUUAAAUGCAAAAGAUCCCGCUGGUGGUGAUGCCCCACUUUACCCUGAACUCAGGCAGACAAUCGUUUCCUGGGGCGGGUAUUUCUUUUGGGCAGAUAUUCCCAACUUUACCCUGCCCAUACGGUUGUUGGAUAUCGAUCCGAUCGAUAUUGACUCCAAGGAGGGGAUCAAUUUACUAAGGACGCUGUACAAAAGGGAGUGGAAAUUUGGUCAGGAAGCGUUCUGGGAGCUGGUCAUCGUUCCCGGUGUCGGGGGGAAAUUUUGCGUCCUUUUUAUCAUGCAUCACGCCCUAGCAGAUGGCUUCUCUAUGCAAAAGUUGGUGAAUAAGGUUAGCCAGCCGCCAAUUGUGGAAGCGAAGAAGAAGGUGACUUUACAAGUUCCGGGAAAACGUGGAGCGGCUGUGGUAUCUCUGGUGAAAACCUUACUUAGAAUUCCAUACGACAUUGCGACGUACCUUGAGGCGCUUUUAACAACUCUUUUACGAAGUCCUGGACAAGUUAAUUCCGGGAAUAUGCAAGAAAUUGAAAAAAUUCCAAAUGCAGGAAUGACCAUAUCCACGGCGUCAGUAAGCUUGGCAGAGAUGAAACAGAUUUCAACAGGUCAUGCCGUUUCGUUAAGCACCCUCCUCAUCUCUGCGGUGCAAGGAUCAAUCCGGAAAUUCGGAAAUACGCCUAAUGGACUUUUGUACUUCCCGCUGCCUCAACCAUUUCAUCCUGAGAAAUUAAGAAAUGUUGCGGGGAUGGGAUACAUCGAACUAUCGCAAAAUGUUACUUGUCCCGACAAUCUGAAACGAGUUGAACAACAAUUUCAAACCUUGAAAGUGUCCACUUUUCCUGGGAUGGUAAACUUUCUGGGUUCCUUGAGCGGAAGUUUGCCCCCGUUUCUCCUGCGUAGGACGAUAAGCGGUGCAAAGUCUGCUAGAAACAUGAGAAAUUACGUGGCCUCGAUUUUUGUCGUGUACCGAAAUCCAUUUCAUCUCUUUGGAUAUCCGGUAGUCGGACUGGGAUCUUGUGGAUCUGGGCUGGAGGACACAAACGCUAUUGCAUUUUUUAUAAUUUCGUCACACGACAAGAUUUGUAUAAGUGUGAUGGGUGACAGUGAAAUUUUGACGGAACAGGAAGGGAAAUCUCUGCUCGAUGGAAUGCUAGGAGAAGUGGAACUAUUUAGAGAUGCGUUGGACCCACGUGACCAUGUCCAAAUUGCAAUUGACAAGAAUUAAUUAAGCCGUGGAUUACGUUAAUGGAAAUUAAUUAGUGAGACGAGUGAAAUUUGUAAAAAAAAUUGCACGCGAAUAUGACUCAUAACUUUUGCAAAUUUUGUAAUUUAGUUUGUUCUACAUAAAAGAUUUAUAAACUGAGAUACCUAUGAACAUACAUACAUAAAUCUUUUAAUAAUUUCAUUCAAUCUAAAAUGUGCCAAUAAAUCUGAAUAUGUGUACGUGCGAA